AUGAUUGGUAUAUCAAUAUCGGCGCCUGAUGUAGCCAAGGAUAGCGGUCUAUACAAUCAAAUGUCGGAUGGUCAUCAUUACUUUAUACUUAACAUUUGGUCAAGCGAAGAUCAUGGUGUAUUGAUCUUUGUUUGUUUACGGGCAAUGGACUUGGUCGAGGAUGAUCAAUUUCUAGAAUCGUUUAUGAAUCUAGUGACUGAAUUUUGUGCUCAAGUAGGUGGAGGGCAAAAUGCAACACGUAGGAAAUUCAGUUAUUGUCUGUUGAUCGUGUUUGUUUCAUACCGGAAUCCUUUGAGCGCUACACCCAACUGUUAUGAUGACAUUGGAUUUACUGGUGGUACAAAACAUUCGAUGAUGCAGCCAAGCUUGCUAGAUUAUCGUCUAUACAAUAAAGAUGAUGCAAACAUUCAAUGAUAUAGCCAAGGUAACAUUUAUAUAGAAGAGAAAAAGAAAUAAACAUUGAGGGAUUACUACUCAUCUUGUUGAUUCUAUCCAUAGCUUGCUAGAUUCUCGUCUAUAUAAUAGAGAUGAUGCAAACAUCCAAUGAUAUAGCCAAGGUAACAUUUAUAUAGAAAAAAAAAAAAGAAAAGAAAAAAGGAGUGAUGUUG